AUGCAGCGGCGCCACGCGGCCGCGUCGGACGCCGCCGGCGGCGGCUGGGAGAAGAGCGACGCGCCGUCCAUCGAAGCGCUCGAGGCGCCGCCCGUGAAGCGGCCGGCCGUGCCGCCGCUGCGCCGCGGCGCCCGGGGCCUCAAGGGCAAGAAGGCGCGGCGGCCGCGGGACCCGAACUUCGAGCCCGGCGGCCCGCCGCUCGCCGCCGUCGUCGUCUUCGCGCUGCUGGCCUUUGGCGUGCUCGGCUACCACCUCUACUGCCACCACUACGUGCCCGACGCGCUGCCCAUAUCGUCGGUCGUCGCGAACGACCUCCACGGGAUCCACGACCUCCUGACGGCGGGCGCGGCGGGCGUCUUCCUCCUCGACGGCGACCGCGCCGUCGUCGUCGAGGCCGCGGAACGGCUCGCGAAGCUCCUGCCGCAGAUCCACCCGCUCGCGGAGUGCCGGGCCGCGAUCGGCGACGCCGUGCGCGCGCCGAGCGACGGGGACCGGGCCCACGGCGGCCUCCCCGCCGAGGUCGCCGCGGCGGCGCGCGCGUCCUGGGCCUGCCUCCCCGGCGCCUUCGACGCGGCGUCCUUCGACCGCGAGCUCGCCUUCGAGGCCUGGCGCGUCGGCAACGUCACCGACGAGAAGCUCGCGCGGCGGCCGAAGGUCGCGGACCGCGCGAGCCUCGGCGCCUGCCGGCCGUCGUCCUGGGACCGCGCCUGCUCCUUCUGGGUGAGCCUGCACGCCCUCGCGGCGCGCGCCGACGCCAAGGGCCUCCAGGACGCGUUCCUCGACAGCACGACGAAGCUGCUCGCGGGCGGCGCGACGCAGUGCGCGGCGUGCACGAACCACUUCCGCCUCCUCGCGACGCCGCCCCACGGCAAGCUCUUCCACCCCUUCCUCUUCGACGCCGUCCACCACGACCUCGCGUACUGCGCGAACGUGCAGUGCUCGCGCGCGACGCAGCACAUCGUGCCGCUCGCGGACUGCGCGCGCAACGACCGGCCCUGCCAGACGCCGGGCAUGGAGGCGGAGAAGCGGGACAUCUACGCCUUCCGCCAGUGGAUCAAGUCCCGCAAGCACGUGUCGGCCUGGGACACGUACGUCGUGCUGCACAACCUCGUCACGGACGGCCUCCUCUCCGGCGACGUGAAGCGCUUCGAGUGCGCCGACAGGGCCUACGACGCGCUCCCGGCCUUUUUGACGCCCGACGCGCCGCGCAAGCCGCGGGUCAAGGCCGGCGGCGGCGUCGCGGGGUCGCUGCCCCCCGGCGUCGCGCUCCCGGGCGCGCGCCUGCUCAUCGACACGCACGUCCACAAUGCGGACCUGACGCUCGGCAUCGACUACGGGUUUCCCGCCAUGUUCCCGAAUCUGAACAAGUCGUGGUCCAUGGCCGACUUUCGAGGAGCCACGACCUCGAGCCGCUUCGAGGGAGCGGAGAUUCAGGCGAUAUUGAUGACCUUAGAAAAGAAGAACGCGUCGAGCCAGGCCGAGAUCGUCGCCGAAGCCCGAUUCUACCAGGCCGUCGCGGACGCCUCCGGAAGGAAGGGCGCGACGACCGUCCGCGGCUUCGUCGGCGGCGUCGACCUCGAGGCGGGCGCGGCGCCCGUCGCGGCGCUCAAGGCGUCGUUCCCGGGCCUCCUGGGCGUGCGCCAGGGAUUAUGGCACCAGCCGCCGUCCUUUUUCCGCGACCCCGACGUCGUCGCGGCGCUCCGCGGCGUCGGCGCGCUCGGCCUCCCCUUCGACGCGCUCGUCGCGGCCUCGCAGCUCGACGACCUCCGCGCGCUCGCCGCCGCGGCGCCGAACUGCACCUUCAACCUCAACCACCUCGGCUACCCGCCCCUCGCCAACGCCACGGGCAUGGCGUCCUGGGCCGCGGCGCUCCGGCGCCUCGCGGAGCUCGAAAACGUCUACUGCAAGCUGUCCGGGCUGCCCCAGACCUUCGCGGCGCCGGGCUGGACGGCCGCCGACUUCGUGCCCGCCGUGCGCGUCGCGCUCGACGCGUUCUCGACGGCGCGGCUCAACUACGCGGGCAACUGGUUCGUGCUCGAGGCGUUCCCCGCGGAUCCGGCGUCGGCGGGCUCCGCGUACGGGCCCAUGCUCGACGCCGUCGACGACGCCCUCGGCGCGCUCGGCGUCUACGGCGCGGACCGGGACCGGGUCUACGCCGGCACGGCGAUGGAACUCUACGGCCUCUAG